GUGUUCUUUGGACUUUUCAGUACUUUUCUUCAGUGAUUUCUAUUCAAUCACAGCCUUCUGGUUUCGGGCAUUGUUCUGUUUUCUUAGUGUUCUUAGGUGGGUGGGCUUCAUUUGUUGGAAUUAAGCUUCAGUUUUGGGCAUUGUAUUUGCUCUCUUUGUGUUCUCAAGUGGGGUUUGCUUGUUUUCUUGGAAUUAUG